AUGCCCAUCAAAGCUCCUCCGGCUUUGUCGGUUAUCGAUGAAUACCGCAAAUACCUUCAAUUUCAGUCCACCAUUGACGUUCUGAAAGAUCCCCCAUCCGGGUACAUGGUGCCUGCGAUCGACCUCAUGGGAGGACUGGACCAAAUCCAGGACAAUAUUAGGAAUGGGAAGUACCAUAGCCAAUAUGAGGCCGAUGAGGACCUGCAGCGUCUCAUCCAGUCGGCGAAUGAUGGCCAUCUCUCUGUCAGACCAUGCUCGACUUCAUACUUCGAAUUCACUCACCAGGAGCCACUUGUGUCUAUAUCUUCGGACGGCUUGCAGCUCCCUCAGGUGUAUACACUUAAUGAUGCGAAACUUCUAGGAAAGGGAAGCAAGAAUGUGUCUCCCCUUAAAUCCAUCAAUGGGACUGAUGUGGUCGAAUACUUGGAGAAAUACACAUCCCUUCAGGGGUCACAAGACCCAGAUGCUCGGUACAAUGUUGCCUUUCCAUCCUUGUCUCGAUCGUCAAAGACAGCGAAAGGGCUCUGGGCGAGCACUGAAAUCUGGCCCGGUCCGUCCUCGGAUUUCAAGUUCACCAAUGGUACCGUCAAAAAUGUCGAGACACGGGCUACUUCAGACAUUGUAGACUUCAGCUAUAGAAACGGAACGGCAGUCUACAAUAGAUUCUGCUCCCCCACGGCUCUGCCCGGGCCGUCAAAUUCUUCAUCAUCAAAACGCUUCAUGCGUGCCGCCGCCGGGUACCCGAAGCCGAAUUUUAGUGACAAAAAUAAUGUGACCUUCGGGUUUUUCUCCAACGAAACCGCACUGCGUGAUACAGCAGUUCUAUCAGUUCCAACCUUUGAUGCGUUGCCAUCAGCCACCACGGAGUUUGCUGCGAGCUUCCUCCGCAACGCCACCGCUGCUGGCAAGAAGAAGAUCAUCAUCGACCUAUCGGGAAACCCCGGCGGUGUAAUCGUCAGUGGCAUCAAUCUGUUCCAGGUAUUCUUCCCCGGCGAGCCAAUGUACAUCGGAUCACGAUUCAGGGCCCACCCGGCCGUUGAUUUCAUCGGACGGAGCUUUGGUCAUCUCAACGAGUCCGCCCAGUUGGGCUCUUUGGCAAACGAGUCGAACCCGUUCCCGUACAAGAUGGCCGUGACCCCAGACCAGGAGGAGGCCUUUGCAUCUUGGAAAGAGCUGUAUGGCCCUCACGAGAUACUCGGCGCAAACAUGUCCAGCCUCGCCGGUGUCUACAACUACACGGCGCUAUCUUCUGCGUCGGACCUGUACCCGAUCAACGGCUACGGGUCUGUUCCACAGAAUCCUGCUAAGGCACUCUUCGCACCCGAAGACAUCACAAUCAUAACGGACGGCUUCUGCGCCUCAACCUGCACCACCUUCGUCAAGCUCAUGAAAUCUCAAGGCGUGCGCUCAAUCGCAUUCGGCGGCCGACCCCGGCACGAGCCUAUGCAAGCCAUGGGCGGCGUGAAAGGCAGCCAAUCGAUCGAUAUCGGUUUUAUCUACAGCUGGAUUAGUACCGCGCAUGAACUAGUCGCCAAGUCUCUACGCGGAUCGAAGCCGAUCAUGUCGCGUCAGGAAUGGAAGCAGUACAACGAGACGCUGCCGAUUUCUGCGCAAGACUUCCCUCUCCACACGAUUGACGGCGGGCUGAAUCUGCGGAAUGCGUACGUGCAGAGUGAUACGGAGACUCCGCUGCAGUUUGUGUACGAGGCGGCGGAGUGUAGGCUUUUCUACACGCUGGGGAACUAUCUUCGUCAAGAGAGUGUGUGGAGUGCGGCUGCUAGGGCGAUGUUUGGGAAUGGAACAUGCGUGGAGGGUUCGACUGGGGGGAAGGGGAGCUUGGAUGAGAAAUAA